UCCGUUUCACCAAAUUAAGAUCUGACGGAGCAACCAUGUCAGGGGGAACAGUCAGAGAAUCACAGUUCUCCUUGAAGAUGGCCGCCCUGAGAGUGUUUGACCUCCCUGUGUCUUGGUACUAUGCUCUCUCCCAGAUCAAAUUUUCACCAGUAGCUAAAAAGUUGUUUGUGGUAACUGCUGUGAGUGCUAUCUCUGUGAUUUUUUUUGCCCAUCACUUUAAAAGAAGACGUGGAAAAAAGAAAGGAAAAAUACUUCCAUGGGAACCAGAGAACCUCAUACUUGAGCACACUAGAAGAGCAGCAUCGGACAAAGGUUCAAGUUGUUCCAGCAGCAGACAGAAUUUGACCUUGUCCCUAAGUUCCACCAAGGACAAAGCAUGGCAGUCUUACAACUACACCAACGGAGGACUUUUCAGCAAAUACUCAGGCUCUGCCCAGAGCUUAGCCUCUGUCCAAAGUGUUAACUCCUGUCAUAGCUGUGCUUGUGGAAACUCUAAUUCCUGGGACAAAGCAGAUGAGGACGACAUCAAACUUGUCAACAUUCCUGUGACCACGCCUGAGAAUUUGUACUUGAUGGGGAUGGAAUUGUUUGAAGAGGCGUUGCGUCGAUGGGAGCAAGCUCUGACAUUUCGCAGUAGACAGGCUGAAGAGGAAGCCUGCAGCUCCGUUAAGCUGGGAGCUGGAGACGCCAUUGCUGAAGAAAGCGUGGACGAUAUAAUCAGUACGGAAUUCAUCCACAAACUGGAGGCUCUGCUACAAAGGGCGUAUCGUCUCCAGGAAGAGUUUGAAGCUACCCUUGGGGGAUCUGACCCUAACUCCCUUGCAAACGAUACAGAUAAAGACACAGACGUGAGCAUGAAGGAGACGAUGGAUGACUUUGGCCUGCAGGACACUUUGAACAGUGAGUCAGAUCUCUUCGCUUCAGCAGCAGAGCUUCCAGAGCACAGAGAAGCACGGCACACCUACAGCCUGGAGUCCUUUUGCCGAUGCCCUUUUUAUGAAGAAGCUAUGCAUUUGGUUGAAGAAGGGAAAAUUUACUCCCGAGUGCUGAGAACUGAGCUGCUGGAGUGUCUAGGAGACAGCGACUUCCUUGCCAAACUCCACUGCGUCCGGCAGGCUUUUCAGGUGAUUCUUUCAGAGGCAGCCAACAGGAUAUUCCUUGCUCAAAGCGGAAGGAAGAUUUUAUCAGCUUUAAUUGUGAAAGCACGGAAGAAUCCAAAGAAAUUUGAAGAUGUUUUUGAUGAAAUGAUCUAUUUUUUAGAGCAGACUGAUCACUGGGAUAGUACUGAGAUGGAACUUGCUGCCAGAGGGGUGAAAAAUUUAAAUUUUUAUGAUGUGGUUCUGGAUUUUAUCUUAAUGGAUUCCUUUGAGGAUUUAGAGAACCCACCACCGUCCAUACAGAGUGUGGUGAGCAAUCGCUGGCUCAACUCUUCCUUCAAGGAAACAGCUGUGGCUUCAAGUUGCUGGUCUGUGCUGAAACAGAAAAGGCAGCAGAUGAAGAUAUCAGAUGGAUUUUUUGCCCAUUUUUAUGCCAUUUGUGAGCAUAUAAGCCCUGUCUUAGCUUGGGGCUUCUUGGGCCCUAGAAAUUCUCUAUAUGACUUAUGCUGCUUCUUUAAGAACCAAGUUCUUUUCUUUCUCAAAGACAUCUUUGACUUUGAGAAGGUGCGCUAUUCGAGCAUAGACACCCUGGCGGAGGACCUCUCUCACUUACUCAUCCGCCGCACGGAACUGCUGGUCGCCUGUCUUGGUGCCGAUGCCCUGAGGCACGCCACUACUUGUACCAGUGGACCUGGCCAUGCCGUGCCCAACACGCUGGUAGAAGGCAAAGUACAAUAAGAACUGAAGAGGUCUGAGGGUGCUGUCCAGUAUUUAACGUGACAACUGACUUUGUGAGAGUCAGAAUCCACAGAACUGUUGAUGCCGACUCAGGGAGGGGGAAAUUCAGUCUCAAAGAACGGGUGAUUGCACUGUACGUACACAGAAAUUCUGUCAUUGAAUCCACGUGUGACAUGUCCAGAGCUACUUUCUAAUAACCUUUAGGAAAUAAUUUAAGUUCUGAAAUGUUGCAUAUUUUGUGGCUGUUGCUGAAUCAAGCCAAUAUGUAGGAGUUCAUGAAGUGUCUUCACAUGUCUGGAAUGUACAAUAUCACUCUCAAAAUGCGUCUCGAUGCUUUGCACCUGGAAAAUACACUAGCCCAAGGUGAUUGUGGUUCACGAGUGUUUAUGACUUCUAGUGUCAACAUACCUAACUCUGCCUGAAAUGUAUUCUUAGCCAUCAAGUUAUCUCUUUGUUUAAUCAAACGUAGGCAAUAGUGGUGUUGAACUGUACUGUUUGCCUUAUUGCUUGUAUAUUUGCUUUUGUAUUUGAAUCAAAAAAAUUGUAAUCACCAAGGAACAGUGUCCAGAACCUCAGUGAAGGAAACUGAGCCGUUUACUUGUGGAGGGUCCCUGCAGUGUCCAGAGUAUAUUACUGUCGUCCUGUGAGUUCUAAAACACUGAAGUAUUUCUGUCUUUUUACAAAUUAGAACAGUUUUCCUCAGAUGAAUCUUAAAUUUGAAAACAUAAUUUAUUUGCCAAGAAAAAGAAUAAAAAUCUUAUCCCCUUUUAAAUGUAACUUUGAGGCAUAAGAAAGUAAAACUGGUAGAAUCAAAUAAGGUCUCCUUUCUCUGUCAGCAAAACAAAUGUUGACUCCCCCACAGUGAGCUCAGCACACGGGAAGUUUGCCGUGUUAUGCCCAAAUUUUAAAACUACUCACUCCUUGAGCUUGGGUUUUAAAGGAUUUUUCCUCUCAGAAAUGGAACACAUAUAUUUUAAUAAGGAAUAUAUUCUGUGUCCUUACGAUGAAUAUAUGGACAAGUGGCAAGGUAUAUUAUGUAUUUUCAAAGCCUCGUUAACUUUGUUUUAAGAUCAUGUACCACUUGUUCAUCAGUAGAUUGGACUUGUUGACUUGUGGUCCUAAAGAGGGCUGCAUUAGUUUUGAGAGUGAGUUAUAUAGAAAGAUCUGAAAUGUGUGUGUUUUUUUUUUUUAAAAAAAACACAUUUUCAGUUUAAAGUGCCUAGAUUAAGGUUAGUGGUGAGAAAAUAAAAAGGUAAAACUAAGUUUAAUUUUUUUAAGGUUUUAAAUUUAUAUAUACAUGGUGAUGUAAAUUAAUUAAAAGAUGUAAAAUUUAGACUUGUGCCAUUAGAGUGCAUAGGUUGUUAGGGCCUUAAACUUGCUUUGCCAUACAACGCCUUGCCUUCUCCUACAUCCCUUCUUAAUGCCCUAAUUGCCUAUUCAUGAUUCUUACUGGUGACAAGUACCAAAAUGCAUUGUACUCUGCUUCCCUUUUUACUGUCACAUGAGGUGUGUGUGUCUCCUGAGGUGUCACUGGAUGUGAGUGACACACGUGGUCACCUCGUAACCAGGACAGUUAUGGAUUGUAUUAGUUAAUGUGAGAGAGCUAACUGUUUGUGCUGAGGCUUUUACAAAUGGGAAAAGUACUGUUUGAAAUAGCUUUUGAGGACUUGCACUAUGUAGCAAUAAAUGCUGCUACAACAUGAGAUAAUCUCGGGUGGGUAGCCUUUCCGAGAAGUGUUUGAUUUCUCCGUUUUUAAAUUUCAGUUAAAAAUAAAUCGCCAGUCUUCAAGAAAGGGUUGGUUUGACUGGGUGGUGGUGGCACACUUCUUUGAUCCCAUCACUCGGGAGGCACAGGCAGGACGAUCUGUAUGAGCUCGAGGCCAGCCUGGUCUACAGAGCUAAUUCCAGGACUGCCAAGGCUAUGCAGAGAAACCCUGCCUUGAAAGAACCAAAAAGAAAGAACGGGCUGGUUUGUCGAACUUAAGUGCUUAAAUCUGAUAAGUUUCUGGUGAGCUAAUUAUAAAACUUACCAGAUUCUUUCUUUGUGGCCUUUGAUAAAAGAGGUAAGGAUGACCAAAUAGGA